AUGCGCAACUUUCGAUUCUACCUUCUCGCCAUCGCCACUCUUUCCAUGACCUUCGUCUACAGUAAUCGAGUCGUCUUUGGGUUUACCGUAAUUUGUCAGCAAGGCGGAAAUGAUACCGGUGCAUUCAUUGAAGUUGAUCCCGAGUACUAUCUGAUGGACACGUUGAAUUUGGCAUGGAUGUUUACAGCGACGGCGAUUGGAAUGUGUGUGGGGCCGUUGCCUUUUUAUCUUUCACACUUUUUGAGCAAUCGAGUGCUGAUUUUUGCGUAUGGUUUGAUGUCGGCACUUAGUUCGUUACUAUAUCCAUUAGCUGAUAGUUUGGGAUUUUGGCCGGCUUUGGUUUGCCGAUUUUUUGCUGUGAGUUUGGAACAGGAAUGGAUCUUGGGUAGAUUCGGAUUCGGAAAAUUCUGGGAAUUUCAGGAAUUUUUUUUCAGUGCUCCUUGAAGGUUUUCUAGAACUUUCAAAAACACCGAGAUGUAUUUUUGUCAAAAGAAAAAGGUUAAAUUAACUUUAAACAAUUUUUUUUAUUUGGGAAAAAAGGUGAUUUUUUCAAAAUUCACAGGAAAUUUAGACCUAAAAUUGAUCAAUAAGAUUCAAGUCGAAAAAAAAUUUUUUGUAAAAAAAAUUUUUUUAAAUUUUUUUUUUCGAAUUUAAUCAUUUGAAGUUAUAGUUUAUUAUAAACUUUAAACAAUUUUUUCUGACAAUCUUGUGAGGAAAAAAAUGAUUUUUUUCGAAAUUUACAGGAAAUUGAGCCCUAAAAUUCAUUAAUUUUUAAAUAAUUUAAAAAAAAAUUUUCCUGAUUUCGCUAGUUAACCAAGAAGUCAUCAUAGCUCCAUCUAAAAAUAAUUUUUGGGAGAAAUAAUGUUUCAGAUUUUGAUCAGCAUAGUCGAUUUACUAAAAGUACACUAAUAAAAAAUAGUUUUUCGAAAAAAAAUUUUUUUUUUUUUGAUGAAAAAAAAAAUGAUUUUUGGGUAAAUCGACCACGCUGAUCAUUAUCUGAUACUCAGUUUUUCACAAAAAAAAUCAUCGGAGGUAGAGUUAUGCUAACUUUUUAGAGUCCAGAAAUUGGCUCAGAAGUCCUUUUAAAAAAUUUUAGGGUGUUCUUAUGACUCCGGAAGCUGUCUAUGGACAAAAUUUCAUUAAGAUUUGAAGUGUUGAGUAAAAAAAGUUCAACAUUCCAAAACCCGUGUUUCCAGGGUUUCGCACAAGCCAGUCAACUCCAUUUCACCAACGAUUUUGUUCUCCGCUGGACUCCGCACGCCGAAUCCGCCUUCUUCUUCUCAAUAAUGCUUGCUACUUCACAAUUCGGCCCACUUUUCACAAUGAUUCUUGGCGGUGAAAUGUGUUCGUCCUCAUUUUUCGGCUGGCAAUCCACGUAUUAUGUAUUGGGAUUUCUGACAUUUGUGUUCAGCUCAUUGUUCGCCUAUUUGUAUAGCGAUUCUGUGCAGAAUAAUAAGUAAGUUCAAGAAAAAUUGUGGAAGAGAAAAAGCCUUUGGUUUUCUCUUCCACGGUCAAACAAUAGAUGUUUUGUAGAUUUCUCGAAGAAGACGAGAAAAAAUACAUUCUUGCUGGCAAACAUGACACCCAUAAGAAAGAAAAUGUUCCUUAUAAAUCACUCCUAAGCGACUUGACAGUUUGGAUAAGUUUGAUAAUGUUCACCGGAUACUACCUAGCAAUGAUAGUCUAUCAAUCCUAUUCUCCGAUCUUCAUCAAACAAGUUCUACACUUCACAAUUCGACAGACUGGAUAUUUUUCAGCGAUUCCUCAGUUAAUCGCGAUUUUCAUCAAGAUUGUUGGGGGAAAAUUAUUAGAUCAUAAUUUCGGGUGUAGCGAUAAGGUCAAGCUGACAGUUCCGCUGAUUGUGUUGGAGGCGUUCAGUGCUUUGUCAUUGUUUUUCACGGGAUUUUUGGAUAAUCGAGUGCUGGCGUUGUUUUUUAUGAUGUUGUUUGCAUCGUUGCACUUUUUUGUGCCGGUUAUUUGCAGCAGAGCUAUUCAAAUUGUAAGCACUUUGAUUUAUUUUUCUACCUAAAAACAAUUUUUCUCUUCUCACUUUUUCCAGCGAGCAGUUCAACACGCUCAUUUCGCUCUAAACGUUCUGAUGGUCGUCGCCGGAAUUGCUCAAAUCUUAAUCCCAUUAGGAGUUCAAGCAGUAGUUCCAACAAAUUCGCGAGAUGAAUGGUCACGAGUGUUCUAUUUCCUGGCUGUAAGUGUUGUUGCAACAACAAUCGCUUUCACAUUUUUGGCAAAAGCUUUGCCAGCGAGUUGGACGAAACAAAAAGCGAAAAAUGAAUAUACGAUUUAUCGAUUGUCUUCUGAACAACCUUCAUAA